AAGGGAAACAUUCCAAAUCCAGAAAGCAAGUUAGUUCAUCCCCUUUGACUUGUACCAAAGAAAACGUCGUCCAUAUCAAACAAACCCUAAGAACUACUCCGCUUAAGAUUCCUUCUUCUUCUUCUAUUCUAUUGUAUGUUUUCUUCUGUAAUCACAGGUACGAUCUGUUGUUGAUUAGCACAGAUUGACUUGCCUAUUACGAAAUGGAGGAGUUUGGGAGGAGACAAUUGAUCAGCAUGGAUGUGGAUGGAGCAGCCAUUUCAGCUCCGGUUCUUCUUCGCGGCCGCUCCAAAGCAGCUAUACACCAGUUCACCCAACAAACUCUUCCUGCAUGUAAACCUGUUCUAACACCAGCAUGGGUCAUUGGGACAUUCUUUCUCAUGGGUGUCAUUUUCAUCCCGGUUGGCUUAAUUUCUCUUCAUGCUUCACAGAGUGUUACUGAAAUUGUGGAUAGAUACGAUAUCGAUUGUGUACCAGACACGUUUAAGAACAACAAGGUAGCUUAUAUCAAGAAUGCAUCAACUCCAAAGAGUUGCCACCGCUAUUUGAAGGUGGACAAGCCUAUGAAAGCGCCAAUUUACAUCUAUUAUCAGCUCGACAACUUUUACCAAAACCACCGGCGGUAUGUGAAAAGUAGAAGUGAUGAUCAACUCCUACAUGGACUAGGAUACAACAAAACGAGUUCAUGCGAACCGCAGGCAUUUGAAAAUGGUCUCCCGAUAGUCCCUUGUGGGUUAGUUGCAUGGAGUUUAUUUAACGACACAUAUUCCUUUUCACGUGGAACAAAAAAAUUGAAAAUUGAACGAAAAAAUAUUGCAUGGAAGAGUGACCGUGAUCACAAAUUUGGCAAGCAAGUUUAUCCUUUCAAUUUUCAAAAUGGCUCUUUCAUUGGUGGUGGAAAGCUAGAUACAUCUCUCCCGCUAAGUGAUCAAGAGGAUCUUAUUGUGUGGAUGCGGACGGCUGCUUUUCCAAGCUUUCGCAAAUUGUACGGGAGAAUUGAAGAGGAUUUAGAAGAAGACGACAUUAUUGUAGUACACCUGAUGAACAAUUAUAACACUUACAGUUUUGGUGGAACAAAAUUGCUUGUACUUUCAACAUCAAGUUGGUUGGGAGGAAAAAACAGUUUCCUUGGGGUGGCCUACAUUUUUGUCGGCUCUUCGUCUAUUCUCAUCACCCUCAUUUUCUUACUGCUUCAUGUAAAAAAUCCACGACCGUAUGGGGACACAACGUAUCUAUCAGGAGGCAACAGGAAGGACAUUUCUAGUUAAGGGUUACCUGCAUAUUUAAAAGGUAUUAGAUCAUGAAAAAAACGCACAAUUCUGUUUUUCAGUGAUUCGUUCUCUACAAAAAAAUACUGGAGACAGUAAAUCUUGGAAGUUAUCUGGGAUUAAAUUUAUUUAUCAAUUAUUAUUUAUGAUGUCUGUUUGCUCAUAUAUGGGUUGGUGAUAAUGUGACAUCAUAUUCCACAGAUGACGCCAAUGUUUAGAUUGCUGAUAUCUCCACCUUGCUGUAUGUAAUUAAUUACACAAAGUUGUUUCUGAUAGGACUUUCUUUGUUUCUAGUGUAAAGAGAUUUGCAGUGGUCAUAGUUCUAUUUUCUUUGAAGCUGAUUUUGUUAUUGGAUGCGUUUUUAAGGACUCAAGGACGUUCUACGAGUUUUAACCGUUCAUGUUGUA